UGGGCCAAAAAAAAUACUAUUAUCAGCCCAAUUUUUGAAAUAAUUAAUAACGUUAACAAAAAAAUUUGAAAGAAAAAUGAACAAACGCGCGUGAAGCAUAGGAAAAUCGAUUAUGCUUCGUUCAGUUCAGGGAUGAUUGAAUUGGAUUGAAGUUUGAAGAAGAACUCACUGUAACUGUAUUCGUCCUUUCUUCCUUCAGAAAUGAUCCGCCAACACCAACCAGGUGGAGUACGACGGAACACAACCGCUGCCAUUCCUAAAUCGGCGGCGGUAGCCAAGCUGUUGAACAAAGCCAUUUUGCAUGAUGUGUUUGACAUUGACAAUGAUGAUGAUUCUGAAGAUUUAGUGAUAAUUGGGGAAAAUGUUAGUAAAAAUAACGAGAGGAAGAAAAUUGAAACCAUUCAUCAAGUUCCGAAAGCAUCUGAUGAUACUAUUUGUCAGCUUGGUGUGGAAAAGUUUCGACAAAUAACUGCGAUCGAGUCUUCUAAUUGUUCCUCUUUGAUAUCACAUAAUCAAAUCAAUGUUGAUGGUCAUUGCUCUAACCUAUCACGUGAUGAUGGCGAAGAUUUAGUGAUACUUGGUGAAAAAGCUUGUGAAAGUAAUAAGGGAGAGAAAAUUGACGACAUUCAUCAAAUUGUGGUAUGUACCCGAUGCUGUCAUUUCUUGUUGUAGAUGAAUAUUAUCUUUUCUAAUUUGUAAAUGAUACUAACAUUUUUCUGGAAAUCCUUUUAUAGAAAGCUUCUGAUAAUACUAUUUCUCAGCUUGGACAAAUAUCUGGGAUUGAGUCUUCUAAUGGUUCCUCAUUGCUAUCACAUAAUUCAAUUAGUGUUGAUGGUCAUGGCUCUAAUUUGUCAUCUGACUAUGGUGAUGACUCUGAGGAUUUAGUGAUCAUUGGUGAAAAAAGUAGUAAAAGUAACAAAGGAAAGACAAUUGAAGCCACUCAUCAGAUUGUGGAAGUGUCUAAUAGUAGUUUCUGUCAAUCUGACGUGGAAAAUUUUGGAUCAGUAAGUGGGACCGAGACUUCUAAUGGUUACCCUUCGGUAUCUCAUGAUUUAAUCAAUAUUGAUUGUCAUGGCUCUGACCUAUCAUAUGAAGAUGGUUACAACUGUAAGGAUUUAGUAAUAAUUGGUGAAGAAGUCUGUCAAAGCAACAAAGGGAAACAACUC